CACCAAUAACGGGGAUUCUUACGGUGGACACUUCAGUAUAGUAGAUAUGGCGGAUAGCUCAGUUUUGCUUACCUAUGUUUGCCUAUCGUGUGUUGCCAUUGUUCUGUUCUAAAGGACCAACAAACAGCAUACCUGAAACUCGUCGAAUCUUUGCCUGCGUUUCCUCUCAGGCCAAACACUCUAUCACACGUUGAAAAGUUUAUCAAGGAUCUCGCGUAUACGAAUACCUUCAGUAUUUACAAGCUUAACUAUUAGGUUUUUUGUUGUUCUUAAUUACCCCCAGUGCAAUAGGAGGAACGCGAAGAAUGUAGAACGUACACAAAUUCAUAAUGAAAAACUUUUGCAACCUCGUGUUUUGGUGUGCGAGUGCGAAAUGGUUCAAGCUGAAGUUUGUCAAUAUAAAUGUAUUCUCUAAUUUGAUUAAAUUGAGAAUUCGUUUUAAAGGAACGAUACUGAAAUCAUCCGAACGACUUCGACUCGCACAGCAUGGUCAAGGACACACCGUGCAAUAAAUCCAAAGGUUAAACGAUAUUCGCUUGAAAUGUUGAAAGUAGGAGGUAAGUACUAAACAUUUUUUGAUGGAUCAUCAUAUUUAGUGAAAAAGCAUUACGCCGACGAAGAUCCAAGCCAUGCACAUGAGGUUUGUAUACGUGACGACGGGUUACAUGGCAGUGCGUGACACGGAAGUCCUACAAAGGAGCGGCCUAUUUCGGCUCUAGCAAUCAUCACAAUGUGGGAGGGGUAAUCAGUCCAAUGUGUUGAUAGCAGAGCCGUAAUGGUACCGCUUCGCCACACAACGACGUGCAGCCUGUGGCGUAUGACUGAACCACCGCAAAGGAACAAUGCCUGUCAAGCGUAUCUUCCACGUGCCUAACCGAUGUCAGAAAUCUAGAACAAGCACCAUUACGAAGGGACGGGGAAGCAUGCAGACUGUCGAAUAAAGAAGUCGUUCUCUUCAUCCUAAGGUAACGUGGCCAUGUUGGUGGAACAUGUCAUCGCUAUCCCAUUAUUUUACCACCUACGAUGGCAAGCCACACCCGGGAUAAUAUUAUGUAAGCAUAUACAGUAGCGUAAAUGUGCGAUAUAUAGAAUUGCUGAGUAGCCAUCUAGUGUAACAUCAAAUAAAGAAUUUAGCCAGUAGCAACACGUACUGCCAAUGUAAAACUAGACUAAGGGUUGCAAUGCACGUGUGAGGGCCGUCUUAUUGGUAAAAGUAAACAAAACCUGAUAAUUAUGAUGAAUUAGAAAUCUCAGGUGGCUCGUAUCUGCAGAUAGACUUGAUUUUAUGUGUAGUUCUCUUACAGUAUGCGUUGACCCGUGAGUCACACUCAGGGCUAUCCGGCGUGCGGCCAUACUGAGCUAAUCUCAGAAACUUAAUUAAUUUUGAUAUCGUUGUUAGUUUCAUUCAACUUGCGUAUAGUAAGAGCGCUUCUUCUUUUACUAAGAAAAUACUAAUAAAGGCUACUGAAGAAUAUGCACAUUUGUACUUCAUCAAAGUCUACGACUUUAUAUUACAGAGGAAGUUGCCCAACAUCCAACUCCGUGUCAACUAUCAUUUAUGGGCGAACUGGUCACAAGAUCUGCGUACAGAGAAAAACACUGGUGAGAAAAUGGCAGCCUGGUGCGGACGGCAAGGUCGACGAAUAGGUUCCGGCGACGCGUCAGUUUUAUGCGGGCCUAAAUUAGCAGGUACUAACUACAGUAGCUGCUUCGACGGCAAAUCAACGGAUUGUCGCGAUGAAGUCAGCGACAGGCUUCAACUAAUACGGAUGGAUUUCACUGACUGUUGUCGGCAAAACGAGGCAGGAGUCAACGUUCCUAAGCUAAGUUUGUCUAACCGUACGUAUCUGAUUCGUAAGGCCAACGCGAUUCGACAAGAGCAACAGAAUGUUUUAGCAACGAAAAUCCUCAUAAUAUACUAUUCAUGUGAUCAGCUGCGUAAAGCACAUUUUUGUGCGUAUGAACGAGAGCUUCGAAAGCAGGUUGAGUUAACGGAGGCUCAGUCGCAGGUGCUGCAAUCGAGAUUAACUGCACUAAGGGAUGCGAACCUUCAGAUUAGGACGCGAACCUACAUUGAACAGAGUAAGGGUCUGCAGGCAAACCAAAACAUGGAAUUGAAGCAGAAAAUGCAGGACUUGACAAACACAUUGGCCGAGCAGAGACAUCUCUACGAGUCAAACGUGAAGAAGCUUAUUCUGAUAGACGACCAAAAAGCGACUGAAGAGGCUUUCAUAAGAGAAAGAAUUAGUGAGAUUAAUAAAAGUGAAAGCAUAUGCCGAACUCAACAUGAAGAAAAAUGGGUCGCUUUUUGCGAGGCUCUUCAGCUGGGCGUAAAGGAGCGACAACAAGCCAUAGAUAUGGAAUUGAAAGAUUACCAGAAACGAAUAUACAAGGAACAUGCACGGUGUCGUGAAUUAAAACGGAUAGAAGAAAGCCAAUUCGAGGAGAAGGAACGAACUCGACUCGCGAGUAUCCGUAGGCUGAAGCUAACGCGAGAAAGAUUGCUCGAAAAUCUCAAUCUAAAAAGAUCAAAAAUUACCGCUGAUGCCGGAACUGCUCAGGACCGGAAGUUCUGGGAGAAAGUUGUGGACAACUUAUCACAAAAUCGCCGAGACAGAAGCAGAAUCGAUACGGAACAACGUGAGCUGUUGGGAUUGAUCGAAGACUGCGACUAGAAAGACCUAUAAGAUUUGGAAGGAAAGUUCUUUGCAUCAUAAGAAAACCUAGGGCGGGUUCAAUUUGCAGAAUGGCGUAAACUUAUGAUAUGACGUGCCGAAUCAUAGUGUCCUCGGUCUGCUUAAAGGAAACCUUGAAAUCAAACACUGCCGUAAAUAUGCGAUCAUUUUAAAGCCGUCAGAUAGGUGAUUAUAAAAUUAAUGAUUAAGACUCUUCUUUUGCCUCAUGCAAGAUUGCAUAACAAGAGAUAAGAUACGGAUAUUGUAUGUACCACGGAUUUGUAAUAACUUGUAGUUUGUUACGUGAGAAAAAGGUGGAUUCCAAGCUAAAAGAAUAAAGAAGUCUACUCAGUUUGUGAUAAUACGCCUGUUUCAUAUGU